UUAUUGUAGCUUUAAUAGACAGAAUGGGAGAUGCCAAAGACAAAGUUCGAGAAGAAGCUCAGACUCUGACAUUGAAGUUAAUGGAUGAAGUAGCAUCACCUAUGUACGUUUGGGAACAAUUGGCUUCUGGUUUUAAGCAUAAGAAUUUUCGAUCUCGAGAAGGCGUGUGUCUGUGUCUCAUUGAAACCUUAAAUACUUUUGGGACUCAAUCACUACUCGUCAGUAAACUGGUACCACAUUUGUGUGUCCUUUUUGGAGAUUCCAACAAUCAGGUGAGAAAUGCUGCAAUAUUGGCUAUAGUUGAGAUCUAUAGACAUGUGGGAGAGAAACUGAGAAUGGAUCUUUAUAGGAAAGGAAUUCCCUCUGCCAGAUUAGAAAUGAUAUUUGCCAAAUUUGAUGAAGUACAAAAUUCGGGCAACAUGAUUUUGAGUGUCUGCAAAGAUAAAAGCUUUGAUGAUGAGGAAUCAGUGGAUGGAAAUAGGCCAUCGUCAGCUGCUUCAGCCUUCAAGGUUCCUGCACCUAAAACACCCGGAAAUCCUGUCAACAGUGCAAGGAAGCCUGCUUCAGCAGGCGGCCCUAAGGUUGGAGGUGCUUCUAAAGAAGGAGGGGCUGGAGCAGUUGAUGAAGAUGACUUUAUAAAAGCUUUUACAGAUGUUCCUUCUAUUCAGAUCUAUUCUAGUCGAGAACUUGAAGAAACAUUGAAUAAAAUCAGGGAAAUUUUGUCAGAUGACAAACAUGACUGGGAUCAGCGCGCCAAUGCGCUUAAGAAAAUUCGAUCACUGCUUGUUGCUGGGGCUGCACAGUAUGAUUGCUUUUUCCAACAUUUACGCUUGUUGGAUGGAGCACUUAAACUAUCUGCCAAGGACCUCAGAUCCCAGGUGGUCCGAGAAGCUUGCAUUACUGUGGCCCAUCUUUCAACAGUUUUGGGAAACAAGUUUGAUCAUGGCGCUGAAGCCAUUGUACCUACACUUUUUAAUCGUCCCAAUAGUGCAAAAGUCAUGGCAACUUCUGGAUGUGCAGCAAUCAGAUUCAUCAUUCGGCAUACUCAUGUACCCAGGCUUAUACCUUUAAUAACAAGCAAUUGCACAUCAAAAUCAGUACCUGUGAGGAGGCGUUCCUUUGAAUUUUUAGAUUUAUUGUUACAAGAGUGGCAGACCCAUUCAUUGGAAAGGCAUGCAGCCGUCUUGGUUGAAACUAUUAAGAAGGGAAUUCAUGAUGCUGAUGCUGAGGCCAGAGUAGAGGCAAGAAAGACAUAUAUGGGUCUUCGAAACCACUUUCCUGGUGAAGCUGAAACAUUAUAUAAUUCCCUUGAGCCGUCUUAUCAGAAAAGUCUUCAAACUUACUUAAAGAGUUCUGGCAGUGUAGCUUCUCUUCCACAAUCAGACAGGUCCUCAUCUAGCUCACAAGAAAGUCUCAAUCGCCCUUUUUCUUCCAAAUGGUCUACAGCAAAUCCAUCAACUGUGGCUGGAAGAGUGUCCGUGGGCAGCAGCAAAACCAGUUCCCUUCCAGGAAGCCUGCAGCGUUCACGAAGUGACAUUGAUGUGAAUGCUGCUGCUGGUGCCAAGGCGCAUCAUGCUGCUGGACAGUCUGUGCGGAGUGGACGGUUAGGUGCAGGUGCCCUGAAUCCAGGUUCCUAUGCGUCACUAGAGGAUACUUCUGACAAGAUGGAUGGAACAGCAUCUGAAGAUGGCCGUAUGAGAGCAAAGCUUUCAGCACCACUUGCUGGUAUGGGAAAUGCCAAGACAGAUUCUAGAGGAAGAAGCCGAACAAAAAUGGUGUCUCAGUCCCAGCGUUCAUCAUCACCUGACAAAAAUGAAGCUGGCAGCCGAUCUGGGUCUCCAGGAAGAGUUCUGACCACGACAGCCCUCUCUACUGUGAGCUCGGGUGCUCAAAGAGUCCUGGUCAAUUCAGCCUCAGCACAAAAAAGAAGCAAGAUACCACGGAGCCAGGGCUGCAGCAGAGAGGCUAGUCCAUCUCGGCUUUCCGUAGCCCGAAGUAGUCGCAUUCCUCGGCCAAGCGUGAGUCAAGGAUGCAGCCGGGAAGCUAGUCGGGAAAGCAGCAGGGACACAAGUCCAGUCCGGUCUUUUCAGCCCCUCGGUCCAGGUUAUGGGAUCAGUCAGUCAAGCCGGCUGUCAUCCUCUGUCAGUGCCAUGCGAGUCCUGAACACAGGCUCCGAUGUGGAGGAGGCUGUAGCUGAUGCUUUGAAAAAACCUGCUCGAAGAAGAUAUGAAUCAUAUGGAAUGCACUCAGAUGAUGAUGCCAAUAGUGAUGCUUCUAGUGCUUGUUCCGAACGCUCUUACAGUUCUCGAAAUGGUAGUAUCCCUACAUAUAUGAGGCAGACAGAAGAUGUGGCAGAAGUUCUCAAUAGAUGUGCUAGUUCUAAUUGGUCAGAAAGGAAGGAAGGCCUCUUGGGUCUGCAGAACUUAUUAAAAAAUCAGAGAACUCUAAGUCGAGUUGAACUGAAAAGAUUGUGUGAAAUUUUCACCAGAAUGUUUGCUGACCCUCAUGGCAAGAGAGUGUUCAGCAUGUUUUUGGAGACUCUAGUAGAUUUCAUACAAGUCCACAAAGAUGACCUUCAAGAUUGGUUGUUUGUACUGCUGACACAACUGCUAAAAAAAAUGGGUGCUGAUUUGCUUGGUUCUGUUCAGGCAAAAGUUCAGAAAGCCCUUGAUGUUACAAGAGAAUCUUUUCCAAAUGAUCUUCAAUUUAAUAUUCUAAUGAGAUUUACAGUUGAUCAGACCCAAACACCAAGUUUGAAGACAGUCAAGCCAGCACUUCGGGACCAGCUUCACUCUUUUUGGAGCUCCAAGGUAAAAGUUGCAAUCCUUAAAUACAUAGAAACUCUGGCCAAACAGAUGGAUCCAGGAGAUUUUAUAAAUUCCAGUGAGACUCGUCUGGCAGUGUCUCGGGUCAUUACUUGGACUACAGAACCCAAGAGCUCUGAUGUUCGGAAGGCAGCACAGUCAGUGCUGAUUUCUUUAUUUGAACUUAAUACCCCAGAGUUUACAAUGUUACUAGGAGCUUUACCAAAAACUUUUCAAGAUGGUGCUACCAAACUUCUUCAUAAUCACCUUCGAAACACUGGCAAUGGAACCCAGAGUUCCAUGGGGAGUCCUUUGACAAGACCAACACCAAGAUCACCAGCCAACUGGUCCAGUCCUCUUACUUCUCCUACCAAUACAUCACAGAAUACUUUAUCUCCGAGUGCAUUUGACUACGACACAGAAAACAUGAACUCCGAUGACAUUUACAGCUCUCUUAGAGGUGUGACUGAGGCGAUCCAGAGUUUUAGCUUCCGCAGUCAAGAAGACAUGAGUGAGCCACUGAAAAGGGACCCUAGAAAAGACGAUGGUGACUCAACAUGUGGUGGUCCUGGGAUAUCAGACCUAAGAGCAGGAGGUGAUGCGACUGACUCAAGCCAAACAGCUCUGGAUAAUAAAGCGUCACUGCUGCAUUCAAUGCCUCCUCACUCCUCUCCAAGAUCUCGAGACUAUAAUCCAUACAACUAUUCAGAUAACAUCAGUCCCUUCAACAAGUCGGCCCUUAAGGAAGCCAUGUUUGAUGAUGAUGCUGACCAGUUUCCUGAUGGUAUGUUCUGGGUCAUGCUACUAGUACCUAUCUUUUGGAGGACUGGUAAUCAACAAAGCAAACAGAAUGUUUUUGCUCUGUUAAUGUAACUCCCUGAAAUGUAAGGUCCUUGGAAUGUCUUCUGUCAUCUUGUAUGAGCAUAUUUUGAGUGGUUUGGUAGUUUUCUUACCCAGAAUGAGAAGAAAGGUGGUCAUUUUGAGUUCAUCCUCAAAAUCAAGAAAACUAUAGUAUCCUCCCAGAAAUAACACAACCCAGUUGUAGCUUGUAAAUUUAGUUUAUCUCUAGACACAUCUUAUUCAGUCACUAAUUUUUAUACUAAAUGGCAAAACCUUUUCAGGAAAUAUACUUUAUUAUUUAUUAUUGAGAAAAUAAUUCAAAUAUUAUUGGGAAAAUAACCCUUUAUUAGUAAGAUACAUUCAAAGACCAGUUAUAGGAAAAGCUUUCAUUAGCUAUUCUUCACAUGAGGUCAGGUGCAGUGAACUUAGUUCUAACCAUUACUAAGCUGCUUAGCCCAGUAAGAUGGUUGUUCUCCCUAAUUGUCACCUCUAAAACAUAAUAGUGGUGAUUGUACUAUCUGCCCUUCUCAUCACAGUAUGCAGUAAGGCCAGAUAAGAUACAUGAAAAGUGAUGAUAAAGU